AUGGCCACCAGAAUGACCCGAGCAGCACCAGCGUCAACCCAUCGCCAGCGUCCUGGUGCGGCAUGCGAAGAAUGUAGGCGUCGGAAAUUACGCUGCGAUGGACAACAGCCUCACUGCGGCGUGUGCCAGGACGCGGGCAUUGCUUGUGAGAUCACCAAACGUAGUACCCGGGGACCCAAAAAGGGACACUUGAAAGUACUGAAGAAUCGCAUUGCAUAUUUGGAAUCUAUUGUUGCUGGGCAUAACUUGAACCAGGAGGAGCUGCAAGGCGAUUGUCGAAGCACUGGCGAACACACCGUCUUGUCAUCGCCUGUAGAAACGACAAAUAUAUCAUCUCUGGGGGCACCAGUAACCUCUUCGCCACAGAACCCGCGCUCUCAUGAGUUUGCGCUACCUUCAAAAAUCUUACAAAGUGAACUUGACCAACUUUAUCUAGACCGAGUACACCAGUCCAUGCCCAUUCUCCACCAACGACGAUAUCUCGCAUGGUCUAAAUCUAGUGCCAAGACAGACCCUCAGAAGUGCUUGCAAUAUGCAAUCUGGACCCUCGCUUCGCUUCUUUCACCUCAAUUUUAUGAUAUGGUUGAGCCUUUAUAUCAAGAGACUAAGAGGUUACUGGAAUCCUUAAGCCUCGGAGUCAACAACAAUAUCAAUGCUAGCAAGGAGCUUGCUCAGGCAUGGGUUCUAAUUGUUGUUUUCGAGUGCAUGCGAACUUAUCAUCGACAAGCCUGGAUGAGUGUUGGAAGGGCUUUCCGAUUAGUGCAAGCCAUGCGAUAUCAUGAGAUUGAUAGCCCACUUGAGAAAUUUGAAUCUCCCUCCUCUUACUGUAUUGACCACAUCGAGUUGGAAGAGAGACGCCGAAUUUUUUGGAGUGCCUACUUCCUUGAUCAUAUCCUAAGCAUGCGCGACGAUUGGCCCAUUACGUUGAAUGAGCAUGUGGUAAGGUAG